AUGUUAACAACGACGAGAAGAAUGACGGCGAUGGCGAUACAAAGCAAAACGGAGGCACGGGCCGACAAGAGCCGAUAUAAACCGGUUAUUGGACUGGAGGUACUGUAGCUGGGAACAUUUUCCCAGUCAAGAUUUGGUUUCUUGAGAAUAUUUUCUCUGAAAUGUGAUGUGCUCUCCAGAAAGAUGGCAAAGUUAUGCAAUUCGUUCUGUUUCAUGGACGCGAAUUUUCGGUUCAACUCGCUAGCUCCUCUCAAAUGUCUCAAUUGAAAUUUGCCUGAAAAAUCAAAGCAACCGAGAAAAGUGUACAUAGCAGUGAGAUUCAGUCGCGAUAAAAACGUUUGAAACCACCGAAUUACUUUGUGUAGUUUAGAAUAACCAAGGAAAUCUUUCCGGAUUUGAAUUGUUGAAAUGACUAUUCAAAAAUUGAGAAAUCUGUCUGUUUUGUCUGAAUUCCGAUGAAUUUCUCUACGGUCAUUGCAGGUACACGUGCAACUGAACACGCGCACGAAGCUGUUCUCGCGUACGCCCACGUCGGAAGCCUCCCCGAACCGCCACGUGUCGCCGUUCGACAUGGCCACUCCGGGCGUCCUGCCCGUUCUGAAUCGCCAAUGCGUCCUGAAGGCACUCAAAAUGGCGCGUCUGCUGAGGUGUCACAUUCCGGAACGGUCGCGCUUCGACCGAAAACACUAUUUCUACGCGGACAUGCCGGCCGGAUAUCAGAUCACGCAAAACGAGAAUCCGAUUGCGAGAGGGGGAAAGUUCGGGUUUUACGUGUUCGACGAGCACCUCGAACCCUACUGGAAACAGGUAAUUCUUGAGUGAUUCUUGAUCUCGCACCCACCGUAACCCACGUAUCUCUUUUCGAAAACUAAUCGGCAAAAAAAGAUCGGUAUCUUCUGGGGUGGAAUGCGAAACGGCACGAAACUUGUCAGUUUGGCCGUCGGUUUCAAACUGAAAUGAUCGAUUGGCGAAAACAUUUUCGAAGGUCGUCUUGCUGUUCUGCGGUGGAAAUAGAUAACUAUUCGCAUGAUAUAUUUUUGGGGGACCUAUAGUAGACCGAAAACAGGAAGAAGUUGAAUAACCGAACAAACGUUCAAGGUUUCAUAUCAACAAUCUCGGGCUGUAAUGUCUGUGGAUCACUUUUUCAAUCACGAAUUUCUGGGUGAGCAAUCGCGCUUUAUUGGACCAAGUAUGGAAGCAAAUGCGAUUUGUUUAAAGGAUAUAUUCGAUUGUGAGAUUUGUGACCACCCAGAUCGAGCAUGGCUUCAACGAAACAUCUAUUUGCCUUAAUUUGUUCAGUAGAGCUCGAUUGUUUAGUUUCCUGAAUCGAAACGGUGUUCCAAAGGCUAUGUAGCAGAGUUGAGCGGAAUUCCGUCUGCCGUCUUCCGUCUUUCGUCUUCCGUGGAUUUUUUUGUUCCGUCUUCCGUCUGCCGUCUUCCGUAAAAAAACUUUUUUCCCGUCUGCCGUCUGCCGUCUUCCGGCAUUUUUUCUUCUUACCGUAAAAGAGUAAUAGCUUUUCAGAAGCUAUUUACUAGCCCCGAAGAACGCGAAUUUCCACGGGCAGUGACCCAGAUCCAAAUUUUUUGUUGCUUUAGUUAUUUUUUUUUUUUAAUCGGAAAAAAAGGUUCUGCAUUGACGAUUUUUUUGUUCCGACUUCCGUCUGCCGUCUUCCGGGAAAAAAGUUUUCUUCCGUCUUCCGUCUGCCGUCUUCCGUGAGAAAAAUUUUCUUCCGUCUUCCGUUUUCCGUGUUCCGUAAAAAAAAUUUUCUUCCGUCUGCCGUCUGCCGUCUUCCGGAUUUCAAAAUUCCAUUUCCGCUCAACUCUGCUAUGUAGCACUCUAUCUACCAUUUGCACUGUAAAAACAAAACGACUUUCAAAUAAUUUAGGUAGAUAUAAUCCAACUGCAACUGGAACAAGACUCUGGCAAGACGAUCCACAUCGACGGGCGGUCCCUGGUCGACUACAACCGUGCCGGAUGCGCCCUCGUCGAAGUGGUCACCACUCCGUGCUUCACGACGGCCCUCGAGGCGAUCCGCUUCGUGCAGCACCUCCGUCUCCUCCUGAUCCACCACGACGUCUGCCACGGAGACCUUCAUCGGGGGCACAUGCGCGUCGACGCCAACGUUUCGCUCGCUUACGACGGCGCGUUGGGCACGCGCACCGAAAUCAAGAACAUGAACAGCAUUCGGUGCAUUCACACGGCCAUCAAUUUCGAGAUUGCGCGCCAGUUUGAAAUUCUGAAGACGGGCGGCCGAGUGAGCAACGAGACACGCGCGGCGACGCCCGAAGGACGGACGGUACAAAUGAGGGACAAGGAAGAGGAGACCGACUAUCGGUUCAUGGCCGAACCGAAUCUUCCAGCGGUCCGCGUGAGAACCGAGUGGUUGCAGCAGGUCGAGCGCGAGUUGGAGGAGAGCGGGAAGCCGAAAUUCGAAUGGCUCCGCGAUGAGUGCGGAUUCGACGCCAGGAGCUCCAUUCACAUUGCGGUUUGUUGGGUGUCUAGAAUUUUGAGAAACAUUCAUUUUAGGAAGACCCGGAGCUGUUCAGUUUCGUUGAAAAAUGCACUCGAUCGAAACACCCGUCCGUCACCGCCGACGACAUUUUGUACUGGAUGAAAGAGCUGAAAACGAGUAUGCAACGCUCGAAAGUCAACUAUCCGCCGCAAAGGUACUUAAAAAGCAAGAUGAGACUGAUGAUUGGAGCUCCAUUUUUGUGUUCACAACUUUUUUGCAAACUUCUUUUUGACUCAUGCUCCGACAAAGCUUCUUUUCGCGAAGCUCAAAGUUUUACGACACUUGAAUUUUUGACAAAUUUCCGAUCCGUCUUUACCCUGACUGUGCCCGAUUAUCAUUCUUGGUUCAGAGUGUCUAUAUUGAAAGUCGGAUAAUCGUGCAAAAUCAGGGUCCGAUUAUCGAGUUUGUCAAAAGUUAAAGUAUCGAAAAGGUUCUUGAGCUUCAUCGAAACAUAGCUCUGCAAAAUAGGACUGUACAAAGAAGUUGUCAAUACAAAAAAUGAAUCUUCAGGCAUGCAAUUGGCGAUUUCCCACUGUUAAUAAUCCCACAACUCCAUGUUUUCAGUGUCCGUUUCGCCGAGCAAUUCAUGCAGAUCGUCCUUUUGGCCCGACAGCACCGUCUAACGCGUCUCCGGCUUCUGGAGCUGCUCCGUUUGUACUCGAGCGCCGACGAACACGAGCACAGCGACGUCGUCGAGUUCGUCGAGAAGAACGACUUCUGGAGGAUCGACGACGCGACGGAAAUCGACCGGAUUGUCGAUGAGAAUUUGCGGAAACACGAAAAAUUGGCUGCAAAAUUGCGCGAGGGACACGCGAAAAGUUUUACGAGAAUGCGCAACAUCAUCGUGGACGCCACGCAGAAGCGCGUCGAGUUGGAAGACGUCGAACGAUCGUUGCGGAGACAUGGAUCAUAG